AUUUCUGUCCUUCUGUCCAAAAUCGAUAAGUGAUUGGUUUUCUUGGUGGUUAGGAAUUUGUGGGUAUACCACCGUGCCCACUAAAGGGGGUUCGUUAUGGCUCUGAAAAGGAGACGGGCGACGUCCCCCUCUAGCAGUGUGAGUGGAGGAGAUUUUGACGAUAGCCAAACUUCGUUAAUGUCUUCACUUGGGAGAAAAAGGAGAAGGACCUCAAACAUUCCAACUGUGGAUCCUAUUGCGGUGUGUCAUGAGUUGUACAACACAAUCAGAGACUACAAGGAUGACCAGGGCAGGAUGCUGUGUGAGCUGUUCAUCAGAGCUCCCAAACGAAGGAACCAACCAGACUAUUACCAUGUGGUGUCUCAGCCAAUUGACAUGAUGAAGAUCCAACAGAAAUUAAAGAUGGAGGAGUAUGAUGAUGUUGAGCAACUAACCAGUGACUUUCAGCUUUUAUUCAACAAUGCUAAAACUUAUUAUAAGUCAGAAAGUCCUGAAUACAGGGCAGCUUGUAAGCUGUGGGACCUUUACCUGCGAACUAAAAAUGAGUUUGUUCAACGGGGGGGGUAUGAUGAAGAUGAUGAAGAAGGAUAUGAUGCACAAGAUAACCCCGGAGGUUCCACUGAAGAUGAGAGUGCCCCAACCUGCUUGAAAGAAGUCCUAGAGCAGCUCCUUGAUGCUGUUGUGUCUUAUACUGAACCUACUGGUCGUCUCGUCAGUGAGCUGUUCCAGAAGCUUCCCUCCAAAAUGCAAUAUCCAGAUUAUUAUGCCAUCAUUAAGGAACCAAUAGAUCUUAAAAUCAUCGCCCAGAAAAUUCAGCUGGGCCACUACAGGAGUGUCAAUGCCAUAGCUAAAGAUGUAGACUUGCUGGUGAAGAAUGCAAAAACCUACAAUGAGCCUGGAUCACAGGUUUUUAAGGAUGCUAACACCAUUAAAAAGAUUUUUGCACAAAAGAAAUCGGAGAUUGAACAUGGAGAACCAAUCAAAUCCAGCAUUCGUAUCAGGAAUAAAAGGUCUGCCCAGGGAGACCGCCUCUCAGCAAUCACUAUGGCCCUUCAAUAUGAAAGUGAUGAGGAGGGCAUACUCUCUGGGUCUGUCCACUAUGAUGAAGGGGAAUCUGAGGCAGAGAGUAUGACGUCAAACAUAGACAUGAGUAACCCCAUCUUCCAGCUCUAUGAAGCCGUGCGAGGUGCCAGGAAUAGUCAAGGCCAGCUGAUUUCUGAGCCUUUUCUGCAGCUGCCCUUCAGGAAGGAUUACCCUGACUACUACCACCAGAUUAGCCACCCCAUCUGCCUGCAUCAGAUAAAGAAUAAAAUGAAGAACAACGAGUAUGAGAGUGUGGAGCACAUUGAUUCAGAUCUGACGCUGAUGUUUGAGAAUGCCAAACGCUAUAAUGUUCCUCACUCCUCCAUCUACAAGCGUGCACUGAAGCUUCAGCACAUCCAGCAGAUUAAGAGAAAGGAGCUUUUACAAAGAGAUGAUGAUGAUGGUGACAGCAUGCUCUCCUCUGCCACAUCUGACACCAGUAGCACAAAAAGAAAAAGCCACAAGAAGAAUACAAAGAAAAAUCGAAUGAAAGCUCUUUUAGCUGCUGUGGUUGAUGCCCGUGAAGCUGGCACAGGUCGGAGGUUGUGUGACCUCUUCAUGGUGAAGCCUUCGAAAAAAGAUUACCCUGAUUACUACAAGGUUAUUCUGGAGCCAAUGGACCUCAGGACCAUCGAGCACAACAUCCGGUCAGAAAAGUACAUGACUGAAGAUUCUUUGGUGGAGGACAUGAAGCUAAUGUUUCGCAAUGCUCGACACUACAACGAGGAAGGCUCCCAGGUGUACAAUGACGCAGACGUCCUUGAGAAGAUCAUGAACGACAGACGUAGGGAUCUUGGGCCAGUAACUGAUGAUGAUGAUACAAUGUCACCAAAGUUAAAAAUAAGAAAGAACAACAUUACUCUAAAGAAAUCCAAGUACUUAACACCCUUACAGCAGAAACUAAAUGAGCUUUAUGAAGCUGUGAAGAACUACACAGAUAAGCGGGGUCGUCGCCUCAGCACAAUCUUCCUACGACUUCCAUCUCGUGCUGAGUUGCCUGAUUAUUAUCUUGCCAUCAAGAAACCUGUGGACAUGGAGAAAAUCAAGAGCCACAUGCUGGCUAAUAAGUACCAGGAUGUGGAUGCGCUGGUGGAGGACUUGGUGCUGAUGUUCAACAAUGCCUGCACCUAUAAUGAGCCAGAGUCUCUGAUCUACCGGGAUGCUCUCUUGCUACACAGGGUUCUGUUAGAAACAAGGCGUGACCUGGAGGGAGGAGAUGACGCCCACAUGCCUGACGUGCCCCGCCUCAUCCAGGAUCUUAUCCGCAGUCUCUUUGUUUCUGUGCUCGGUCACCAAGACGAUGAAGGACGUUGCUACAGUGAUUCACUUGCCGAGAUCCCUGCUGUUGACCCUGCAAACCCAGAGAAGCCCGCUCUCAAUUUUGAGAUUAUUAGGAAAAAUGUAGAACGGGGACGCUACAAAAGGUUGGAUGUAUUUCAGGAUCACAUGUUUGAAGUUCUGGAGAAGGCCAGACGAUUGAAUAGGACGGAUUCCGAGAUCUUUGAAGAUGCAGUGGAGCUGCAGCAGUUCUUCAUCCGGAUUAGAGAUGAGCUGUGUAAGAAUGGAGAGAUCUUGAUGUCCCCUGCCCUCAGCUAUACCUCUAAACAUCUGCAUAGUGAUGUGGAAAAGGAGAAGAAAGAAAAGCUUCCCAAAGAGUUUGAGGAGGACAAAAUCAAGCGAGAGGAGGAGAAAAGGGAGGCUGAGAGGAGGGAGGACCCUGCUGGAGGUUUGUGGCAAGUUCAGCGUACAUACAGUCAGGACUGCAGCUUCAAGGAUAGCAUGUAUCAUGUGGGAGACUAUGUCUAUGUGGAACCUGCAGAGCCCAAUCUCCAGCCACAUAUCAUUUACAUUGAACGCCUUUGGCAAGAUGACACCGGGGAGAAGUGGCUAUAUGGCUGCUGGUUCUACAGGCCAAAUGAAACAUUUCAUCUGGCUACAAGAAAGUUUUUGGAGAAGGAAGUUUUUAAGAGCGACUAUUACAACAAAGCUCCUGUCAGCAAGAUUCUGGGCAAAUGUGUGGUUAUGUUUGUGAAGGAGUACUUCAAGCUUUACCCAGAGGGAUUCAGGGCAGAAGAUGUCUAUGUGUGUGAAUCUCGCUACUCAGCCAAGUCUAAAUCCUUCAAGAAGAUAAAGAUGUGGACUAUGCCCCUGAGUUCUGUUCGGUUUGUUCCCCGAGAAGUACCCCUACCUGUAGUCCGUGUGGCUUCUAUGUUUGCCACCAAACAAGAUGAGAAACCUCCAGAAAUUGUAGAUGACAGCAAAAUGACAGAUGGUAUUAUAGACAAGGAGAGGGAAGAUGUCCCAUUUGAUAUGACCAAUGGGGAGCCAGGGUGUCAGUACUAUGAUCAGCUCUGUUACAACAACACGUGGCUCAAAGUGGGAGACUUUGUUUACAUUGCUUCUCAUGGACUGGUGCGUCACCGAGUGGGCAGAAUUGAGAAAAUGUGGAUGCGAGAUGGAGCAGGCUAUUUCUUUGGUCCCAUCUUUAUCCACCCUGAAGAAACAGAGCAUGAACCCACUAAGAUGUUCUACAAAAAGGAAGUGUUCCUUAGCAACCUGGAGGAGACCUGUCCCAUGACUUGCAUCAUAGGAAAGUGUGUUGUUGCGUCCUUCAAAGAAUACUUAUCAUGUCGACCUACAGAAGUGCCUGAAGCAGAUGUUCUUCUCUGUGAGAGUCGCUAUAUUGAGAGUGAAAAGCAGAUGAAAAAGUUCAAGGGUCUUAAGCGUUUUUCACUCGCUGGGAAGGUGGUGGAGGAUGAAAUCUACUAUUUCAGGAAACUCAUAGUCCCCCAGAAAGAACCAUCACCUUUGCUAGACAGAAAAAUUGAGGAACUGGAGGCCAAAUUUGCCGACAUGACAGAUGAAGAGCUAGAGGAUCUUGGUGAUGAUGAUGGGGACCUGGGGGACCAGUCUCUUCCACAGAUGCAGUCUUCUUUGUCUAGUGACAUGGAUAUCAUGCCUUACACCCCGCCACAGUCCACUCCUAAAUCCAUAAAGGGGCUCUCAAAGAAGGAAGGCUCAAAGCGGAAGAUCAACAUGAGCGGUUACAUCUUGUUCAGCAGUGAGAUGCGAGCAGUCAUCAAAGCCCAGCACCCAGACUUCUCCUUUGGGGAGUUGAGUCGUCUUGUUGGCACAGAGUGGAGGAACCUGGAAAGUUCCAGGAAAGCAGAGUAUGAAGAACGAGCAGCUAAAGUGGCUGAGCAACAGGAGCGUGACAGGGUCCAUCAUCAGACGUCCCCUAGAGCAGGUAUCCCUCUAGGGGCACUGAUGGGGGUGGUGCCUCCCCCAACCCCCAUGGGGAUGCUAAAUCCCAGCAUGACGCCUGUGUCAGAAGGUAUGAUGGGUGCAUAUAGGUCAGCUAUGAUGCCCCUGGAGGGCCAUGUUGAAAGCAUGAUUAGUAUGACUGGCAUACCACCACAUCACAUGGGGGUGCCUGUCUUUACCCAACAUCUUCUGCCUGUUAUGCCUGGGUUCCAUGGGAUGACAUCUUUUGGGGUCAAUGGCAUGGGAGGUGGAGCUGCAGGAAACAUUCAUGGAUCUCAGAUGGGUUUCAUGGGCCCAGGACAGCAAGCUCCACCACCGUACCCAGGACAAGGCCAGGUGGGACAACCUGCACUUCAGCAGCCCUCCACACCGGUGUUUGUGUCCCCACCAGCCAAAUCUCAGCGUCUUCUUCACUCUGAAGCAUACCUUAGAUACAUUGAGGGCCUCACUGCAGAGUCUUCCACCAUCAGCAAGUGGGACCAAGCCCUCACAGUUCAGAAACAAGACGUACGCCUGACUAAAGAGCAAGAGAGUAAACUACCAUCUCACUGGUUGAAGAGUAAGGGGGCCCAUAAGACCAUGGCAGAUGCACUUUGGCGACUGCGUGAUCUGAUGCUGCGAGACACCCUCAACAUCCGUCAGAUGCACAACCUGUAGCAUUCUCAUAUCACGAGCCUCUUUUCCCAAACCUGUGUGACAGGAUGAGGUUUAAGCUCACUAAAAGUCUUCAUUUUGUGUUGUGAUUUAAAAAUUAACUCUUUGUAUUCAUAAGGUGCUUUCUGUGUUAAUGCUCUUUUUGUUUUACAUUUCAGAUAUAAACUUCCAAGUGCAUUAUUGUUAGCCCGUCUCUGUGAUAAAGGCCUUCAUGUUUUCUCAAUUAAAAAUGUUAAGAAUUCA